GUCCAGGGUCAGCUGCCUCCAUUAAUGAUUCCCGUAUUCCCUCCAGACCAACGAACCCUAGCAGCAGCUGCACAGCAAGGAUUCCUUCUUCCUCCUGGUUUCAGCUACAAAGCGGGAUGCAGUGACCCUUACCCCGUUCAGCUGAUCCCAACUACCAUGGCAGCUGCUGCCGCAGCAACACCAGGCUUAGGCCCACUUCAACUGCAGCAGUUGUAUGCUGCCCAGCUUGCUGCGAUGCAAGUGUCUCCGGGAGGCAAGAUACCUGGCAUACCCCAGGGUAACCUUGGUGCUGCUGUAUCCCCUACCAGCAUCCACACAGACAAGAGCACAAACAGCCCUCCACCCAAAAGCAAGGAUGAAGUGGCCCAGCCUCUGAAUCUUUCAGCCAAACCCAAGACAUCUGAUGGCAAGUCUCCCACAUCGCCCACGUCUCCUCAUAUGCCAACUCUGAGAAUAAAUAGUGGGGCUAGUUCACUGAAGUCCUCGGUGCCGGCAACAUUAGCUAGUCCUUCGGCCAGAGCUAACACAAUAGAUAUCCUUUCUUCUAUCACGUCGUCAGGUUAUUUAAAUGACCAUGAUGCUGUUACCAAGGCAAUCCAGGAGGCCCGACAGAUGAAGGAGCAGCUUCGGAGGGAACAGCAGGUGCUGGAUGGGAAGGUGGCCGUUGUGAAUAGCUUGGGUCUCAAUAACUGCAGGACAGAAAAGGACAAAACAACACUGGAGACCCUGACUCAGCAACUGGCAGUAAAACAGAGUGAAGACGGGAAGUUUAGCCACGCAAUGAUGGAUUUCAACAUGAGUGGAGAUUCUGACGGAAGUGCGGGAGUUUCAGAGUCUAGAAUUUAUCGGGAAUCCAGAGGACGUGGUAGCAAUGAGCCCCAUAUCAAGCGCCCAAUGAAUGCAUUCAUGGUGUGGGCUAAAGACGAACGGAGGAAGAUCCUUCAAGCUUUCCCUGACAUGCACAACUCCAAUAUCAGCAAGAUACUAG